GAGAAGCUAAUUACGAAGACGGCAGCUGCAGAGAGUGACGGUGAAGUGGAGCGACACAAGAGGGCGCCAUUGCAUAAGCUCACCGUUCUCAAGCAGCCAAGCUCAGCAGCAACAACGUUACACAACUGGAUCAUUUACUCUGCAGAGGAUUUGAUAUCCAACCAAUCAUACACCACGAAGAUGUCCAACCAAUCAUACACCACUGACAUGUCCAACCAAUCAUACAGCCCAAAGAUGUCUGAAGAUGAAAAUAACUAUAAUGGCAGUGACAACCUAGAUUAUGAUGGAUUUUGUCUUUAUCACAACAACCAGAGUGUGGCAGAUGUGAUUGGCCUGUACGUUCACUCCAUCAUCUGCAUCCUGGGCCUUGUGGGGAACAGCCUGGUCAUUGUCACCUACGCCUUCUACAAGAGGACCAAGUCCAUGACUGACAUCUACCUGUUCAACGUGGCCAUCGCCGACCUGCUGUUCGUGCUGGCGCUGCCAUUCAUCGUCUACAACGAGCUGUGGUCAUGGCCGAUGGGGCAGGUGGCCUGCAAGCUGCUGCGCGGCUCCUACAGCGUGAACCUGUACAGCGGCUUGCUGCUGCUCGCCUGCAUCAGCACCGACCGCUACAUCGCCAUCGUCCAGGCUCGACGCAGCUUCAGACUGCGCUCGCUGUCAUACAGCCGCAUCAUCUGCGCCAUCAUCUGGAUCUUCGCUAUACUCGUGUCCGUCCCCACCUUCUACUUCUACGACUGGUACGAGCCGUCACACACCAAUAGCAUCAUGUUGAACGAUGAUAACCAAAGCGAGAUCCUGAGUUCUGAGUAUGUCUGUGAGUUCAAGUUUGAAGACCGAGACACAGCCAUGGCGGUGAAGGUGGCCGUCCCCAGCACCCAGAUCAGUGUGGGUUUCUUUCUGCCACUCUUCAUCAUGAUCUUCUGCUACAGUGCCAUCAUCGACACCCUGCUGAAGGCCAAAAAUCUCCAGCGGCACAGAGCGGUGCGAUUGGUGCUGGUGGUUGUGGCCGUUUUCAUCAUCUGCCACCUGCCCUACAACAUGGUGCUGCUGUACGACACGGUCACCAUGUUUCAGCAGCGCACGUGUGAGGAGGCGGACAUGCUGGAGAUGGCCAAGUCGGCGUUGCAGACCAUUGCUUACAUGCACUGCUGCCUGAACCCGGUGCUGUACGCCUUCGUGGGGGUGAACUUCAGGAAUCACUUCAGGAGGAUCUUCACGGACCUGUGGUGUCUUGGAAAGAAGUACAUUGCCCCCCGCCUCUCCAGAGUCACCUCUGACUUCUACAUGUCCUCCACUCGGCGCUCGAUGGACGUGGCGCUUCUUUCGCCAUGUGAAGACAUUCGUGGGUUGAUCUCUGAAGCUCCAGGUCUCUAACACCAAAACUGACUCACUUCUGUCGCACCGAUGAGAUUCUUAAUCCAGAGCAAAAUAUUUAGAAGAUAAAGAAAUCUAACUCCAUGCUGCA